AUGGCGAAAGGGGGCAUUGGAAUGGUCUUAGCUCCUGAAUAUUCAGACAAUAAAAAGAAAAACGGAAAAAAUAAGAUUGAGACAGUUAUGAAUUCCAUUCAGUUUCCUUUACUUGAUCGAACAGCCCCAAAUUCAAUUAUUUCAACUACAUUAAAUGAUCUUUCAAAUUGGUCAAGACUCUCUAGUUUAUGGCCGCUUCUCUAUGGUACCAGUUGUUGCUUCAUUGAAUUUGCUUCACUAAUAGGUUCACGCUUUGACUUUGAUCGUUAUGGACUCGUACCAAGAUCGAGUCCUAGACAAUCGGAUCUAAUUUUAACAGCCGGAACAGUAACAAUGAAAAUGGCCCCUUCUUUUCCAAUAGAUAUUGAUUUUUGCAAUUGCAGAUAA